GUUGACGCAGAUGCAAGAAUCAGCCCAGCGGAAUCCCUAAACCACUCCUUUGUUACCAUGAAACACCUCCUUGAUUUCCCCCACAGCAACCAUGUGAAAUCUUGUUUCCAUAUCAUGGAUGUCUGCAAGUCACGUCCCAGCUUGGGUGACACAGUUAACCGCAAUAAAACAUCAGUCAUGAGACCGGUGGCCUCAGCCAACGCAGCUAACAUUUCAGCCGGUUUCUCCAAGCUUGGCAGCGUCAGGGGUCAGGCUUUAACCACAUCAGGCCAUACAGUUAUACAUCAUGGGAUACCAGUGCAGGCGGGAGCUGCUCCAUUUGGUUGCAAUGAUGCUUUUCAGCAAACGUUGAUCCUUUGUCCCCCAGCCCUUCAAGGAAUGCCACCAAACCACGGGAAACCCACAAGUUACUCAGUGCGAGUGGACAACACUGUGCCCCUGGUCACACAAGCCCCUGCCAUCCAACCCCUGCAGAUAAGACCUGGUGUUCUCUCACAGCAAACGUGGUCAAAUGGAUCGCAGCCCAUAUUGGUUCCUGCAUGGCAACAAGUGACAACAGUGGCACCAACAACUACAACGCUAGCCUCUGAUAGCAUGGCUGGACCACAGAGACUUGGCGACUGGGGGAAAGUAAUUCACCAUGGGAACCAUUACAGCUCAAUGAUCCUACAGCCUCUUUUAACCAACCAAAUGACACUGUCGGCUCCUCAGCCUAUCAGUUUAGGCAUCGCACAUGUGGUGUGGCCCCAGCCUGCUGCUAGCAAAAGGAACAAGCUUUGCCAGAACAGGAGUAACACACAAUACAGGACCCUGUUGUCCAUAAUAAAGCACUUACCUCUCCAAAGAUCUCAAACAGCGCAAAGACCACAGAACCUGCAAGUUGUACGUUACCAGAAGACAAUCAGAACUCAGAGGAGCAGGAGGUCAGCUUGUGUAAGGCCUCCGAAGGGGCAGCACUGGAUGUAUCCAGUCAACAAAGGCAAACCAUAGUUAUUGCUGAUUCACCCAGCCCUACAGUGAGUGUCAUUACCAUCAGCAGUGACACAGAUGAGGAGGACUCUUCACAGACACACUCCUUGAGGGAGUGUAAAGGAAGUCUGGACUGUGAGGCCUGUCAGAGUACCCUGAACAUUGAUCGCGUGUGUUCCCUGAGCAGUCCGGACAGCACCCUGAGCACUAGCUCCUCUGGCCAGUCCAGCCCAUCCCCGUGCAAAAGACCCAACAGUAUGUCGGAUGAUGAACCUGAAAGUGGUUGUGAUACUGUCGAUGGAUCACCAAGCUCUGAUUCCUCUGGCCAUGAUAGUCCAUUUGUAAAGAGCAGUUUUGUCACGGACACCAAUGAGAACUCAGAAAAACGGGCAUCGGAAAAAGCAGAGAGUAAACCUGCAGUGUGUACAUUAGUGGUUCCACCUAUCAGGAUUGAAAACCGCAGGGAAAACUCACACAGGGCCACAAACAAAGAUGCAGCUAGUCAUCCACUAAUAAAAGGCAGGUCAGCCCCAGGGAGAAAAAACCACCUCACGGCCCUCGGCAACCGCCAGCAGAAACUUACAUCAGCAUUCCAGCAGCAACAGCCUCUGAGUUUCAGCCAGGUGCAACAUUUUGGAUCUGGGCAUCAAGAAUGGAAUGGAAACUAUGGGCACAGGAGACAGCAGGCAUUCAUUACACCCACUGUAACCAGUCAUCCCUUCACCCUCCCACACGGAAGCCCAAACCACAGCGCAGUGCAUGCUCACCUGGGGGGCCAGCCCACCAUCCUAUCUUACCCGCCCUCCGCUCCGCUGAGCACUGCAGCACCUGUGGCCCACCUCCUGGCCUCCCAUGUACCACAAGACCAAUCUUACAACACCCGGCCUACAACUUCUCCCACCCCAGUGGCAUCAUCCACCAGGUCGCCGUAGGAAUCAACCCCCGUCUUCUGCCUUCACCUACUAUCCACCAGACUCAGUACAAACCAAUAUUCCCAUCCCACUCGUAUAUCACCGCAUCGCCUGCCUACACGGGAUUUCCCAUGAGCCCCACAAAACUCAGUCAGUAUCCGUACAUGUAA